CUCCACGGCACGAUAAAGCACAUCGACAUGUCACGCACGUUCAUCCACAACGUCGACGACGAGACGUUCCAAGGACUACGGCUGGAAUCGUUAAAGCUGGUAGACAACAAAAUUCAGGACAUCUCGGAAAAAAGCUUCAACUUCAUGCAGCACUCGCUGGUAUCGUUGGAUAUAUCGGACAAUCAGCUGCAAGGACUUCCACUGGAUUCGCUCAAAAAUGUCCACACGUUAAGCCGAUUAGUGGCUCAGAGAAAUAACAUACACCACCUGGACGGCAACUGGGGUGGCCUGGCGGAUUCGCUGCGCAGUUUGCACAUUUCCGGAAACUCCAUCUCGGAGGUUUCGUUCUUCUCGCACGAGGACCGACGUUCGAACCACACCGUUCCGACGUUUCAGGCUUCUUCGUCGAUUAUCACCGCAAAGCAGCACACACCGGUUCAACCGCCACAACAGCAAAACAAACCCUUCGCCAAGCUGAAAAAACUGGUCUGGCUGGACAUCAGCUCGAACCGGAUUGCACACAUCAGCCCGAAUACCUUUCCCCGGACGCUGGUGACCAUCGAUUUGUCGAAAAACAUUCUCACUCAGUUUCCGGCGGCGGUACUGGAGCAUCUGCACGAUUUGAGGAUUCUUUCGCUGAAGGAUAAUCUCAUUUCGAAACUAGCUGGAGUGGAACUUGGAGCGGUGAAGAUUAAAUUCGAAAAGUUAGAUCUGAGUAUUAAUCUGAUCGAUGAGCUGCCGUCGGCAUUGUUCAAUGGAACCGUUCGAGUGAAGGCAAUUAAUUUCGAUAAAAAUUUUAUUCGUGCCAUUCCGGCGGAUGCUUUUCGCGACUUAGGGGUGGUACAUAUGGUGCUGGCAUUUAAUUUUAUCGAGACGGUAGAUGAUGAAGCGUUUGCUACGUUGGAAAAUUCUCUGGAAUAUUUAGAUUUAGAGCGAAAUCAAUUGCUGGUGGUGCCGAGUGCGAUUGAUACUUUGAACAGGCUGCGGUACUUAUACUUAACCUCCAAUGAGCUUACGACGGUUGGCAGGUUUCCGCCGACGCUGAAAGUGCUUUCGCUGAGUGGUAAUAAUUUCACCGCAAUCCCGGUGGAUGGAUUGGUUAAUUGUACCGAGCUGUCGUACCUCAACAUGGGUUACAAUAAAAUAGCGGAAAUCGAGGAAAAUGGCUUCGUCGGUUGGGGCGCCAAUUUGCAAACUUUGCUGCUGAGAAACAAUAAAAUUACCAGCCUCAAUUACGGUGCGUUCAACGGGCUGGAUACGAUUAAGGAAAUUAGUCUGAGCUUUAACGACAUACACUACGUGCAUCCGAACGUGUUCGAUAACAUUUCCGGUACGUUGAAAAUUCUAGAAUUAUCGUUCGGAAUCUACCGCGAGGAAUACCCAAUGGAUGCGCUGAGCGUACUAACGGAGUUAAUGUGGCUUGGGCUGGAUAAUAACAAUCUGAAGCUAAUUCCUGAUGAGGCUCUUUCAUCGCUCGGCCAGCUGACGUACGUCAAUUUCGCGUUCAAUCGUAUCACCCGGCUGCCACGUACAGUGUUCCGCGCGGACAUACACAAAAAUCUCGUGGAAAUUGAUUUAUCAUUCAACCUGAUCGAAACACUGCACACCAGCACGUUCGACAAUCUGGAGCUGAUUCAAAUCAUAAAUUUGUCCUCCAAUAAAAUAAAAACCAUCGAGAAAAACAGUUUCUAUGAUUUACCCUACCUAACGUACGUGGAUCUGUCAUUCAAUGGCAUACAGAAUGUGAGCGAAUGUGCGUUCAGUUUCCUGCCGGCACUGCUCAGUGUUGACCUUAUGUACAACGAGUUGGGGUCGUUUUCAUUGAAAAUGUUCAAGCACGUUUCCAAUGCCACCACCCCGAUGCGGCUAAAUAUUAGCAACAAUGCGAUCGAUAAUUUCGAUGGCGAUGUCAAUUCACUGCUGUAUGUCUAUUCACUGGACGCUAGCCAUAAUAUGCUGCACGACACGGGCGCCUUCCGUGCAUUGGCCUACUCCCUCCGUAUCCUCUAUCUAAAUUGGAACAAUUUCAGCACACUCGGAAAUCACGCCUUUGGCGAUUUACAGAUACUGGAAAUUCUCAAUCUGGCCCACAACAAUAUAUCAUCACUACGGCGUCGCAGCUUUUCCGGUCUGGUGAACCUACAGGAAUUCGAUUUGAGCGAUAACAAAAUUGAGGUCCUGCAGAUAGAACAAUUUUCUCCAUUGAAAAAGCUACGACUGCUAAAGCUGAGCAACAACCGACUGCGAGCGGUGCCCAGGGAUGCUUUCCUCAAUACACGAAUCGAAUACCUGGAUUUAUCGAAUAAUCUCUUCGCAGCCUGGCAAGCUACAGCGUUCGCCGACAUUGGAUUUACACUGCGGUCCAUUCAAUUCAGUAACAAUCUUCUUGAUUUUCUCGAUUCGUACAUGUUCACCAGCACUCAGUUCCUGCUCGAGCUUAAUCUCUCCAACAAUCAAAUCAAACUCAUCCCAGAAAGCGCCUUCGCUAAUCUCCACAAUCUAACCAUUUUGGAUCUUAGCUGGAAUCCGUUCAUUACCAUUAACUUUAAGGAACUUUUCUUUAGCGUUCCUCGUUUACGAGUCCUGAACCUGCAGCAAACCGGUCUGUACCGGCUUCCAUCAUUGAUACUACCCCAGCUAGUUUCGCUGGACAUCAGCCACAACCAUAUUCAAGACAUAGACACGCUCGAAGAGCUGUACUACAUGCGAGAAUUCUACGCAGACAACAACAAAAUCAACAACCUCACAAACCUGCUACGAAACCUGCCGCAAUCACUCCGAGUGCUGGAUAUCUCACGCAACCCGAUUCGCAAAAUUUCCUUACAUGAUUUCGGUCAAACAAGGCGCCUCGAAGAGCUGUACAUCGAAGACAUUAAAAUUUCCAACUCGGACAUAUUCAUCAAACUGCACAAUUUGAAAAAGCUGCGCAUCAAUUCGCAGCACAAUUUCUCCGAACUUAUCUCCAAACUACGAGGACUACAGGAGCUAUACGUAAACGUGUUCGAAGACCACAUCGACGACGAUCUGUUCACGUCCAAAAUGCACACCCUAACGAAGCUAAACCUGGUGGAAAUCACCGGUCGGCGGUUGGUGUCCAUCCAUCACAAGGCGUUCGUCGGGUUGGCCCGGAAUCACGACCUAAAGCUGCGGAUACGAAACACCCUGGUGAACGAUCUGCCACCGGGGAUAUUCUACGCGCUGAAGUACAUCCCCAAGCUGAGCAUCGAUCUGUCGGAUAACAUGCUGGUGGCGCUGGCGCCCGACAGCUUCUAUCCGAAUGCCAGCUCGUGGGACGCGGUGGGGACGCGCAGCGUCACUGCCGGGCUCGACAUUUCCAACAAUCCGCUGCAGUGUGACUGCGGUCUGGUGUGGCUUGGCCACUGGCUGAGGCGGUGGCUGCGGGAGACGGCUCAGGUCAAUCUGAUACCGAAGGAGGAGAUGCGCCAGAUGAUGCGGCGAGCCAAGCGGAGUACCUGCACGGAUCCGCUAACAAAGCGGCGGUUACCGUUUCUGGAAAUGUUCCCGGAGGAUUUGUUGUGCCACGCGAGCGCUCUCAGCAGCCUGGCACUCAAGCUGCGCUUCCGGUUCCUGGUCAUCUGUCUGAACGUGCUGCUGAUAGCGGUGCAUAAAUCUAGGAUCUUGAUAUUUUAA